GGUUGAUUGAGACCCGAAGAUUCAGUUAUGUUACCCGCCAACUUGUUCAAAACCAAUUCCUCCAUUCCCGGAGACACUCUCUCUUCACCACAAAAAUGUGAAGAGAGAAGAAGCAGUGAAUAGAGAGAAUCAAUUCAACUCAAAUCCAUUAUCCACAAUCAAUGGCGACCCUCUCUGAAACCUACGCCUGCGUUCCCUCCACGGAGCGUGGCCGCGGCAUUCUAAUCUCCGGCGACCCCAAAUCCAACAACAUCCUCUACUGCACCGCCCGCUCCGUCAUCAUCCGCAACCUCGACAACCCUCUCCAAGUCUCCGUCUACGGCGAACACGCCUACCCCGUCACCGUCGCCCGCUACUCCCCCAACGGCGAGUGGAUCGCCUCCGCCGAUGUCUCCGGCACCGUCCGCAUCUGGGGGACCCACAACGACUUCGUCCUCAAAAACGAGUUCCGUGUCCUCUCUAGUCGGAUCGAUGAUCUUCAAUGGUCCGCCGAUGGCAUGAGGAUCGUUGCCUCUGGGGAUGGCAAGGGCAAAUCCUUCGUUCGCGCUUUCAUGUGGGAUUCAGGCUCCACUGUUGGUGAUUUCGAUGGCCAUUCGCGGCGCGUUUUGAGUUGUGCAUUCAAACCAACAAGGCCAUUCCGCAUUGUCUCGUGUGGAGAGGAUUUCUUAGUGAAUUUCUAUGAUGGUCCACCCUUCAAGUUCAAUAUGUCCAUCAGGGACCAUACGAAUUUCGUCAACUGUGUUAGAUAUUCUCCAGAUGGGAGCAAAUUUAUUACUGUUAGCUCAGAUAGGAAGGGUAUUAUAUACGACGGAAAGACGGGGAAUAAACUUGGGGAAUUGUCUGCAGAGGAUGGUCACAAGGGCAGCAUAUAUGCUGUUAGUUGGAGUCCUGACAGUAAACAGGUUCUUACCGUGUCUGCUGACAAAUCUGCUAAAGUAUGGGAUAUUCUUGAGGAUGGUAGUAGUGGAACAUUAAAUAAGACUUUGGCACAUACUGAAUCUGGUGGGGUGGAAGACAUGCUUGUUGGCUGUCUUUGGCAGAAUGAUCAUAUGCUUACUGUCUCUCUUGGUGGCACGAUUAAUUUAUAUUCUGCUAAGGAUUUGGAUAAAAGCCCAUUGACAUUAUCUGGUCACAUGAAGAAUGUCACCGUUUUGAAUCUACUCAACAAAAGUGAAAAGAUGCUUUUGUCCAGCAGUUAUGAUGGAAUUAUUAUUAGAUGGAUUCCUGGCGUUGGUUACAGUGGUAAGUUUGACAGUAAACAAUUUGGAUUAAUCAAAUUGUUAGCGGUUGGCGAAGAAGAAGUUAUUACUUCUGGAUUUGACAACAAGGUAUACAGAGUUCCUCUUCAAGGGGAGAAUUUUGGUCCUGCUGAGCAAGUUGAUGUUGGAAGUCAGCCUAAGGACGUGAGCCUAGCACUGAAUCCUCCUGAACUUGCUCUCAUUGCAAUUGAGUCCGGGAUUGUCUUACUUACCGGUUCAAAAAUUGUCUCCACUAUAAACCUGGGUUUUACUGUGACCGCAUGUACUAUUUCACCCGAUGGUAGUGAAGCAAUUGUUGGUGGACAAGAUGGUAAGUUGCACAUAUAUUCUGUUUCAGGAGAUACAUUUACAGAACAGAGUGUUCUUGAGAAGCACCGAGGUGCCAUCAGCGUAAUCAGAUAUUCUCCCGACUUUACCAUGUUUGCAUCUGCUGAUUUGAAUCGCGAAGCUGUUGUGUGGGACCGUGUUUCCAGAGAGGUGAAGCUCAACAAUAUGUUGUUUCACACUGCACGUAUUAACUGUCUAGCUUGGUCACCUGAUAACAGACUGGUAGCUACUGGUUCACUUGAUACAUGCGUCAUUAUAUAUGAAAUUGGAAAGCCAGCAGCAAGUCGCAGAACCAUUAAAGGUGCUCAUUUAGGUGGAGUUUAUGGGUUGACUUUCAUUGAUCAAGAGAGAGUGGUCAGUUCAGGAGAAGAUGGUUGUAUUCGUGUCUGGACUUUAAAUUCUGACUGAACGUGGCAUCAGUGUCUACCAAUGCAUGAUGCAGUUUUGUGGUAGGAAAUUGAAAGACUUGUCAUCGUUUAAGUAAUGGUUUAGCGGCAUAGAAUCUUAGCUGUGUCCUGUGGCGAUGCUUCGAAAUCAGGAUAUAGAAAGAACGGUAGAGGAUUGGUGUAUAAUUUAAUCUCACAUGGAGGUAAGCCACAUAUGAUGUUGCAUACCUUUGUUUCUUCACAAUACUUUCUUCAUAAGCCUACCAACUUGAACCACGUAGAGAGCUGCAGAAAAUGUAUUAUAGGGAAUUGAUAGAGAAGCUGUUGCAUGAAUUUGAAUAUUUCUGUAAGCGUAGAUACCAUUUUUGUUUUGAAAAGCUGUAAGAGUUUACAAUAUUAUGGUAUUGAAUUAAUUCAAAGUAAAUACUUGGAAGAUGCACACAUCUUGUGCAUAUGCA